UGUUGAUAUUAUUCUCAUGCCUAUUUGCACCACACAACACUGGACCCUGGUUGUUCUGCAUCCUCGCACUCGGGUAAUUCAAAGAUAUGACUCCCUUCACGGUCUUGGGGACAACCAUGUUCAUCAAAUUCAAAAGUGGCUGAACACAGAGUAUGAGAGCGGGGCUGGUCCGGAAUGGACCAUUGGAGAUCAUGUCUCCCCACGGCAAGAUAAUAGUGAUGAUUGUGGUGUCUUCGUCCUUGCAACAGCAAGGUCAGUGGUCAUGAAAACAGCUCUGGACUACAACACUGAUGUCAUUGCCAUGAUGAGAAAAAGGAUUGUUGAGGAACUUAAGGAGAACCUUCACAGUGCCAAGGUUCACUUGGAGCUCUUUGAGUUCGAAAGUCUUUAUGACAAGCAAAGCGUUUGA